AUGGCGGCUAACAUUCCCCCGCCGUCUGUGAUGGGCUUCACGGGCGAUUGGAGCACUAACUGGGAUGUUUUCCGCGCGGAAUAUGAAGACUAUGUUCUUGUGACUGGAGUGGCGGAAAAGGACAAAAAAAUACAGGCGGCAACUCUCCGCAGUGUUAUGGGCAGCGAAUGCAGACAUGUUUACCGUCACAACCUAAACCUCACGGCGGAGCAGAGAGAGGAUCCCGCGGCUAUACUGAGCGCCCUGGAGAGGUAUUUCAAACCGGCAAAAAACAUAAUCUAUGAGCGAUAUCUGUUUGGAUGUUGCAAACAAGAGGACGGUGAAUCAAUAGACGCCUUUGUGACCAGGCUAAGAGAGAAAGCAUCAACGUGUGAGUACGGACAAUUAAAAGACGAAAUGAUACGUGACAAAAUUGUGCUGGGCAUUGCAAGUGAGAGCUCCAGGCGCAGACUGUUGAGGGAAAAGGAUCUUAACUUAGUCACAGCCAUCGAGAUGUGUCGUGCUGCAGAGCAGACAGAUUUAAGGAUGCGAGUAAUGGAAACUGCUGGGACACACGUAAUGCACACCGAGACAGUGCACUCUGCUGUCAGGCAACCAGCUAAGCACUUCAAAGCGAGGCAGAGCGACUCAAACAAGGCGGUGGACCCCAACUGCAGGUAUUGUGGAAACACCCACACGAGAGGCAGGGACCACUGCCCUGCUUUCGGGAAGAAAUGUAAAUUGUGUGGGACUAAUAAUCACUUUGCUAAAGUCUGUAUGAAAAGCAAACGGGGCAGUACCACGGGCAAGGUGCUCUGCAUGGACGGGGAAGCUGAGUCAGGGCAGAGCAGUGAGGAGGAGACACAUCUGUACAUGAUUGAGUCAGUCAGUGCAGUGGGACAGACUAAAGGGAAAAAAUGGUUCGUCACACUAAAGUUCAACAGCAAAUCACAGAGGUGCCAGCUUGACUCGGGAGCCACCUGCAACAUAAUGACACUGAAAGAUAAGAAAAAGCUCUCAUCCAAAGGAAAACUACGCCAAAGCGAUACCUGUGAACGUCUUGGUUUCAUACGUUUCACUAUUCCGGAAGAUGCACUCAAGGUGGACACUGUGGUGCGAGCAGGACAUUUGACCAAAGACACUGUGGAGGUCCAGGAGGACCUGCAACAGGUGAACCAAGCAGAUUACCUGAACGUAACGGGCCAACGCCUGGAACAAAUCAGGCGACACACAGACAAUGAUGAGGGUCUGCAGGCAUUGAGGUACACAGUCACCACAGGCUGGCCGGAUCUCAAAGAGCAGACAUCCAUUCCUGUGACCAACAAACUCCUUGAGCCGGUGGUGGUGACAGGAGUUACUGAGAAGCUUCAAUACAGGAGGCAGCUCGCCAAGUCGUUCUACGACCGGUCAGCGCGGGUCCUACCGGAGCUGGAGGUAGGAGAGACUGUCAGAAUGAAGCCUCCUCCUGGCGACACCUCCCGCAUAUGGAGAGCUGGAACCUGUCUUGGCAAGGUCGCGCCUCGGUCUUACCUUGUGGACAUGGACGGUUCUGUUUAUCGCCGCAACAGAGUGGAUCUUAGAGUGGCAGAAUCGGGGGCUGCUCUGGGAUUUGGGGACAGAUUCAUGAGAAAAUAUUUCCUACUUCACAUUGACACCACAACAGUGAAGACCCCAGACUCAGUGAAGACCCCAGACUCAGUGAAGACCCCAGACUCAGAGAAGACGCCAGACUCAGUGAGGACCCCAGACUCAGAGAAGACCCCAGUCUCAAGGAAGACCCCAGACUCAGAGAAGACCCCAGACUCAGUGAAGACCCCAGACUCAGUGAGGACCCCAGACUCAGUGAAGAGCCCAGACUCAGGGAAGACCCCAGACCUGCAGCAUGAGACCCCAGACUCAGUGAAGACCCCAGACUCAGAGAAGACCCCAGACUCAGAGAAGGCCCCAGACUCCGUGAGGACCCCAGACUCAGUGAAGACCACAGACCUGCAGUGUGAGACCCCAGACUCAGUGAAGACCCCAGACUCAGUGAAGACCACAGACUCAGUGAAGACCCCAGACCUGCAGCAUGAGACCCCAGACUCGGGGAAGACCACAGACCUGAAGAAUGAAACAGGAAGUGAUGCAGAGUUCUUCAAACCUGGUGAAGCAAAAAGACAUGUUCAGACUCAAUAUGCAGGUUUUUAG